AUGGGUCGGCUCGACCGGAGUGAUACCACGUCCUCACAGAACACCGGCGUGUCCAAUGCACAGCUUGCCACCCUACCAGAACCAGACCGAGUGUACGUGUAUCCACCAGCAAUGGCGUCCGACCAGGAGUCCUGUUCUGAUGAGGAGCCUGACAGCGAGAUGCUGAGCGACGACUUAUGUCUACCCGACAGCGAUGACGAUAGACAGUCCACCAGAAACAUUCAAAGUCUGCCAGAAGACAUGCCGUCAAUUAACUCCUGUCUUCUGCGUCCCCCUCGGAAGCUGUUCACCAAUUGCCGUGAGCGGUGGAGGCAGCAGAAUGUGAGUGGCGCCUUCGCAGAGUUGAGGAGAUUGGUCCCCACACACCCACCGGAUAAGAAGCUGUCCAAGAACGAGAUAUUGAGGAUGGCUAUCAGGUAUAUCGGCCUUCUUUGCGAAGUUCUAGAAUGGCAAAAGUCACACGGGCUAUCAAUGAACAAGGAAAACUCGGCUAGUCUCGCCAUCAAAUGCGAAUCCCCUUUGAGUCCCCAAUCUAGAAGACUAAGGCUCAAAAGACCGUAUUUUAGCGAAGAAGAUUGUCCAAGAGCGAAAAUCUUUCAUGAAACCAACGAAUACCAGAGAUAUGGAAACGAAGAGAACGAAGAAAUAAAGAGAGGAUAUCAAAGACCAGUCGUCAAUAGAACAGAAUUUUACUUCGGAAAAGAACAUUUAAGAGUUUUGAGGAAUCAGUUCUACUUUCCCCCAAGAUGGCGUCAAAAUAUGCCGUUCAGGAAUUUGGCGGAUCGAAAUGGUAAUAAUCUGUUGAUGAUAGCACCAGCUCAGAAUGGAAAGGACGAACAUGAUGGUAAAAUGCAAAAUGGCCACGGAAGUAAGGAGAAAAGUGAUAAGGAUAAUAAGUGA